GCGAUUACCAGUCGUCGCUGGAGGACCUGACGUUCAACAGCAAGCCGCACAUCAACAUGCUGACCAUCCUGGCCGAGGAGAACGUGCCCUUCGCCAAGGACAUCGUCUCCCUGAUCGAGGCGCAAAUCGCCAAGUAUGCUCAAAGGCAGUGAUACCCACCCCACCUCCCCCCCCCAGCCCAGCCCUCAACUAACAAGGAAUUCUGCCCUCUUCAAUAUUAAGUUUCAGGUCAUGAUAAAUUAAUACACAUUUAAGGGCGAGGAAACAUUGUGAUUCACCCAUAUAAAAGUACUGCUGACUCGGUUCCCUUCUGUGAACCACCUUAAAGGGGAAGGAAUUAAAUCUAAAAUUGUAAAGCAAGAGCACUUCCACACACUUAUCUGGACAAUGGGGCUGCGAAGUAAGGUGUCAUUAAUUAACUUGGUAGCCUAUCCUGUUUAAAAUGAGUGGUGAGCGAAGUUAUUCUGGUUUUAUCCUGAGCUUACCGGAUGGUGAAUGGGACUUACUACAAGUGGAUGCUCUUCUAAGGGGAUCGCGGUCAACACACGGCUUGUGGUGGUGUCUUUCAUGUUGUUCUCUUCAACAAGUCUGUGUACUUGCUGAUGUUUUCUGGAACUUUUCUGUGCCUUCUGCUUUGUGAAAGCCAGUGGUGGGCAUUAAAAUCACCUUGAUUUGGGCCAGUAGUGCUUUGUGUACAUUAGAAAUUGCUGUAGCGGUCCAGCAUCACCACACUUUUCUUGCACAAACUUGCUACAAGUUUUGAAAAUGGAUUUAAAAAACGAAAACCAAACAACAAAAACCAAGCCUCCUCUUGUAGCAAAGAUGUGUCCUGAGUUUGAAGACUCCCUUUUGUGAAAACCGUGGUUGCAGUUCCUGAGCUUGUCUGUGCAUUUACCCGGUCGACUAGAUGAUUGAGUUUUGUCUGGAUUUUGAACUUUGUUCUGACUGUGCAUUUUUGCAUGCACUCUCGAAAUCUGAACUGUCAUUACCUACAAGUGCCGAGAAUGGGACUCCUUGCUCCGUCCAUUUGGAUUACAGUGAAAUAGUUGUGACCUAUUCUGCAUGUAGUUUAUGAAAAGACUGAUACUCGACCUGUAAUCUGCGGCUACAGAAGUUCUCUGAUUUGGGCUGUUUGCCAGAAGUCUCUGUUCUGUGAAAUCCAGAAAAGCAAACGUUCAGGAGGUUUGAAUUAUGAACUAUUUUUAGAAGUUCCUUGAAGUGCUAACGAUGGUUUCCUGCUAACUUAAAAGUUACUUUCUCAAGCGGGUUUUGAAAGGUUACACUCAGUGCACUAGCGGCAAUACUGUCCUGUGGGCUUCUUUUUUCUUCUUUUUUUUUGCCUUUUUUUCCAAAGCUUUGAUACGCAAAGAAAAUAACCUAAGGUGUUCCUUUUUUGUGUGAUAGACCCACUGCGUUAUACUUUGAACUGAGCAUUGAUUUUCCAGAUUAAGUUUUUGUAUAAACAAAAAAUUCCCAAGCCAAAUCCCUUGGUGUUUAUAGUGGCAACCAAAAAGAGAGGCUCCUGCAUCAGAGAAGCUCCCUGUUAUGUACCUUAUGGAUUCCAUUGUCAAGAAUGUGGGAAGAGAAUAUCUUACUGCAUUUACUAAAAACCUAGUUGCAACAUUUAUUUGUGUAUUUGAAAAGGUGGAUGAAAAUACUAGGAAAAGUUUAUUUAAAUUACGCUCCACAUGGGAUGAUAUUUUUCCUUUGAAGAAACUGUAUGCACUUGAUGUCAGAGUCAACUCAUUAGAUCCUGCUUGGCCAAUUAAACCUCUGCCCCCAAAUGUGAAUACUUCUAGCAUCCAUGUGAAUCCUAAGUUUUUAAAUAAAUCGCCAGAGGAAUCUACUGCACCUACCUCUGCUGUCACUUCUGGUGCCUCUACUCCUCCAGUUGUUCCUGAAAUACAAAAGAAUUUGACACAGGAGCAACUGAUAAGGCAGCAAUUGCUUGCAAAGCAAAAGCAGUUGUUAGAACUUCAGCAAAAAAAAUUAGAGCUGGAGCUGGAACAGACUAAAGCACAGUUGGCUGUAUCUCUUAGUGUUCAGCAAGGAUCAUCUACUAUAGCUUCAGUUCCAGCACCUUCCAAGCAACGUAUGUCUCCCACACCUCAUAUGACAGUUAAACCACCUCAUCAGAUGGCUGUGCAACCUGAAAAAACCAAACCAUCCCCAAGUCCUCCACUUCAUGAUGUUAAAAUAGUAAAUAGGGAUCCUCGACUGAAUAGGAUGGCUCAACAUUCUUCUCAUGCUAAAGAUCAAUCUCAUAGGAAAGAAUUUCCACCGAACACAACCAGUCAGUCUGAUACCAAGGCAAACAAAACAACACAGGCUGAAAAACAAAACUCAACAAAGCAAGAAAAAUUGAAAGCAAGUGAAAAAACACAGAAGAAGGAACUUGACCAGUCAGAAGCAAAAUCUAAAUCACCAUCCCCUUUAAAAAAUAAGCUACCCAGUGCUAAAGAUACUAAAACCCAGGAAUGUGAAAGCGCAAAAGUAUCUGAAAUUAGUAAGCGGGAUCCAAGACUGAAAAGACAUCUUCAAGAUAAGUCAGAGGGCAAAGAGGAGGAGGUGAAAGAAAAGAGGAGAAGUACAGAGAAAAAAGAAAAAGAGGAACAUAAGACGUGUGAACACAGACCAGUAGGCAGCAGAAAUAAAGUAGUUAAUGGUGCUGUUCAGAAGCAAGACACGACUACAGAGGAGUCUGAAAAACAGAGUGGAAAACAGGGGAGAUCAAGUAGUAGAAAACGGUCACGAUCACGCUCUCCUAAGGCACGGUCACCAUCUACACAUUCUCCAAAAAGACGAGAGAGGCGAUCACCCAAAAGAAGACUUAGGAGUUUAUCUCCCACUUCAUCAACUCCUAAAAUUGCAAAGACACGUCAGAUCGGCCCUAAGCAGUCUCACGUUGAGGAAGGCACACAAGCAGCAAGAGAUGAAAGAAAUUCCAAUAAGAGAAAUGUUAAACAAGAGGUGCGAGAUCCAAGGAGGGUGAAAAAAGCCCAAGAAGACAGGCCCCAAGAAACAGCAAGCCAGCAUUCGACAAAAGCUUCUCCUGAUCCAAAGGAGAAUGCAGAAAACUGGCAAGGAUCCAAAUCAGGCAAGAGGUGGAAAUCUGGUUGGGAAGAAAAUAAAAACUCACAGCAGAAUGAAGAACACCAAGCACUCGGUAAAUCCCCUCACCAAAGACACCGGGAAAACUGGCCUGCUGGUAAAGGAAUUUUAUCACCCCGAGCACCAAAGCAGCAGCACCGGUUAAGUGUGGAUGCUAAUUUACAGAUUCCCAAAGAAUUGACAUCUGCAAGCAAGAGAGAAUUACUUAAGAAGGCCAAUGAACGCUUAACAUCCGGUGAAAUAACACAAGAUGAGUUCCUCAUGGUAGCUCAUCAGAUCCGACAGCUGUUCCAGUAUCAGGAAGGAAAGCACAGAUGUAAUGUCUGGGAUAGCCCGACAGAGGAAAAAUGUGGUUUGAAAAAGAAACCUCUUCUAUCAGAUGCAGAAUUAACAUAUUAUGAACAUAAGGCUAAACUAAAAAGAACACAAGUUCAGCAUUCAUUGUCGAGGCUUGAUCUGUUGGAUCCUGAUGAUAUUUUGGAUUAUCAUUUGCCUGAUGCAUUGCUUUCUGGGAUAGAAUGUGAGCAAGCAAAAGCCAAGCGUGGAGUACAGUUUGACAGAAAAGAACCAUUUGGAGAAAGGUCAAGGAGACACUCUCCUGUAAGUGGCACUAAUAGACCUUUUGCCGAUAACCUUUCACCACUUGAGAGUCGGCGAAGACUUGAGGAACAAAAUGCUACUAAGGGAGCAAGAGGUUCUAAGAACUUCGAUCCUUAUGACAGCUGGGGAGAAUCAGAUGAGUUUAGAGAUGCUCUCAGACAACAGGGGAAAAGCACAACAGAGUUCCAGAAAAUAGAUGGUGAUGCAAUCUGCAGAUUUGAUAAUCGUGAAGAGAGACAGCUUCUUGGGCAAGCUGGUGUUCGAGAGGAACCAAGAUCACCAUUCAGCGACCGUUUCAAAAGAGCUAGGUAUGAAGAUCCAGAGAAAGCACCGUUUCCGGAAAGUCCAGGAUCAAGAUUUGGAGGCAUUGAAGCAAAGCAGAGGAUAAGUGCACUAAUGGAAGACAGACCUCUAUUUGACGGCUCACCGAGACAGGCCACUGCAAGGGUUGGGGUAGAUGGACAAGGAAGUCCUUUUGUUGAUGGUCCUGCUGCUGGUUCAAGUUCCAGAAUUGAUGGGCCAGCUGGACAGGCCGCCAUGAGAUUUGAGGGGCCUUUGGUGGCGGCAGGUGCAUCUCAGUUUGAUGGACCACUGGCAGGAGCAGGAGGAGCUGGAGCCCUAAGAUUUGAUGGGCCACCAGGGCAGCUGGCAGGUGCCUUGAGGUUUGAAGGACCCCCAGGACAAGUUGGUGGAGGAGGUCCACUGAGGUUUGAGGGACCUCUUGGGCAGAUAGGAGGGCCUUUGCGGUUUGAGGGGCCUGCAGGACAGCCUGUAGGUGGUCCCAGAUUUGAAGGACCUGGAGUUGGUCUCAGGUUUGAGGGUCCCCGUGGCCAGCCUUCAGGUGGUCUCAGGUUUGAGGGACCUCAUGGUCAACCUAUGGGGCCUCGAGGUCAACCAGGGGGUGGUCUCAGGUUUGAGGGACCCCAUGGUCAGCCCUUGGGGCCUCAUGGUCAACCAGGGGGUGGCCUCAGGUUUGAGGGGCCACAUUUACAGCCAUUGGGACCCCAUGGUCAACCUGGAGGUGGCCUCCGAUUUGAGGGGCCACAUGGUCAGCCUAUGGGGCCACAUGGACCAUCAGGUGGUGGGCUCAGAUUUGAGGGGCCACAUGGACCAUCAGGUGGUGGGCUCAGAUUGGAAGGACCGCAUGGUCAGCCAGGUGUAGGUCCUAGGUUGAUUGAUGGACCAGUACACCAGGGAGCUGGUGGACUUAGAUUUGAUGGUCCUUUGGGUCGGGCCGGUCCGAGAUUUGAUGGUUGUCAUGCAGCUGGAUUUGAUGGUCAGCCUGGACAGCUCUCUCUCUUGCAAAGAUUUGAUGGAAUUCAUGGACAGCCUGGUCCAAGAUUUGAAAGGGCGCCUGGCCAACAGGCACAACCACGAUUCGAUACAGCCAUACCUCAAAGAUUUGAUGGACCUCACCAGCCAGCCUCUAGAUUUGACUUGCCCCUUGGCCUUCAAGGUGCGCGUUUUGAAAAUGUAGCUAACCAUCCUGCCUCAAGACUAGAAAUGUCUUACGGACAAGGCGGUCCAUUUGUCGACCAUCCCGGCCAGGGCUACAAUGGACCAUCUCAUGGGAUGCAGUUCCAGAGGCCUGAUCUGUUUGAUGGUUCGCCUGGACCAAAUUUCAAUGGGCCAGGUGGCCCAGGAGCACAGAAUUUCCCAUUGAGAGGAGCUGGACAUUACUUUGAUGAAAAAAGUCUUCAGGGUCCUCAAUAUGGAAACUUCAAUAAUAUGCCAAUGGGAAGUAAUCAGGUUUCUCUCAUGUCUGCUCAACCAGGGCCUUAUGGCCAAGGUCAACAGUAUUUGCCAAAUCCUGGAAGUUUUGUUCAGAAUCCUGCAGGAGCCCUUCCACAUUCGUAUCCUGAUAACCACCUUGGGCAGCUUGAUGUCAAUGAAUUGUUUGCUAAACUGUUGUCAACAGGGAUCCUCAAACUGUCAAAAACUGAUUCCACUUCAGCACAAGUGAAUGAAACAUCAUCCCAGCCAGCUGCUGAAGAGGAAGACGAUGACCAGAAUGAAGAUCAAAAUGUCCCAGACCUCACUAACUUCACAGUUGAAGAACUUAGACAGCGUUAUGAUAGUGUAAUAAAUCGACUGUACACUGGAAUUCAGUGUUACUCAUGUGGAAUGAGAUUCACUACUUCACAGACAGAUGUGUAUGCGGAUCAUUUAGAUUGGCAUUAUCGUCAGAACCGGACAGAAAAAGAUGUUAGCAGAAAAAUUACACACAGAAGAUGGUACUACAGUUUAACAGAUUGGAUUGAAUUUGAAGAAAUAGCCGAUUUAGAGGAGCGUGCAAAGAGCCAGUUCUUUGAAAAAGCUCACGAAGAGGUUGUGUUGAAGACACAAGAAGCUGCGAAAGAGAAGGAGUUUCAGAGUGUCCCUGCGGGACCAGCUGGAGCAGUUGAGAGCUGUGAAAUUUGCCAAGAGCAAUUUGAACAGUAUUGGGAUGAGGAAGAGGAAGAGUGGCAUCUGAAGAAUGCUAUCAGAGUAGAUGAAAAGAUUUACCAUCCAUCUUGCUAUGAAGAUUACCAAAAUACAUCAUCAUUUGAUUGCACCCCAUCUCCCAGCAAAACUCCUGUAGAAAAUCCACUAAAUCUAAUGUUGAACAUUGUUAAACAAGAAACACAAGAGUCCUGUGACUCGCCUAAAGUCAAAGAAGAACCUGAUGACACCCCUACUGCCUGUGCAGAAGAGAGCACACCUGCAUCUACAGAUGUUAAAACAGAACCUGAUGAGUCUGUUUAAAUAAACUGAGGUAUGCAUUUUUUUUUUACAGAAGAGCUGCUGCGUUAACUCUGGAAGGCAAAUACUUUUUAUAUGAAAUAAAAAUGUUCAACUGAGGCAGGGCCUCAACUACUGUUUGGUUAAUAAAUACAUUUUUGUAUUUGAAUUUCUUAUUGCCUGCACAGUUUCAGGUGUCAUUGUGUGAAAGUUCUGUAGAUGCGUGAAAAUUUAAUGGAAUGAAAUGGUAUAUGUAAAAAUGUACAAUUUUCACUUGUGGAAAUGUAAAUUAUAAAUAAAAGAUAUUUUUGCUAUAUAUGGAGUGUAAUGUUUAUGCACACCAUCAAAUGAAGACAGUGUUUCUGUACUUUUUCAGUUUAAAUGGAAUUAAAAGAGCUUUUGCUCAAUAAGAUUCAGAAAAAUGAAAGCAAACAACUUCCUUCAGUUAUCCCAUAGGUGGGUUAUCAAGGGAAGCAGUGCAGGAACUUCUCAGACAGCCCUAGAUUUCUUUUUUUUUUUUU